AUGGGAAGCUGCUUUUCAAAAGGAUACGAAAAAGUCGAUACCAAUCGCGUAGCGAGUAAAAGAGUCGAUGGAAGUUCUAGAUUAGCUACAACAGAGCAGCGAUUGGGAACCAAAGGCGACGCUGAAAAAGUCGAGCCUAAAGCAGGGACAAAGAAGAGCCAGACACAUUCCAGUAAGCCAGGCUCUAAGGGAGAGAUUUUGGGUGCUGGAAAUGAUCCUGAAAAGAGUAAUUUGUCUUCCAAGGAGGCCGCUAGGUUAGCAGCUGAAAAGAGGUUCCAAACGCAGCAAGAAAAGCUCAGUGAAAGUAAAGAGAAGAUGAAGAACAUGAAAACAAUGUCCAAAGCAGAAAAGGGACUCUCGUGA